CUCGUUGAGAAGGGCGCGCGCGCGCGGGCGCGAGAUAAAGAUGGCUGCGACGGUGGGGGAAACGGCGUGAUAUGCAGGAGUAGCGGCACUAAACCCGAGUAAAACCACCGUAUGACAGACCAUAGCAAAAUGGAAACCAUGUCACAGUAGGUGUUUACCGGUAAUACCAAGUACUACAAACUCACCUCCCCCCCGAGAGGGCAUUCAUCCUGUGAUUGUGGAGAAAUCUCACCGCGAGCAUGGCUUCGCACGGUAACCAGUACAUCUUUGGGGAGUUCAGCCCAGAUGAGUUCAAUCAGUUCUUUGUGACUCCCCGCUGUUACGUCGAGCUUCCCCCAUUCAAUGAUAAAGUCUCCUGCGUCAGCCAUUCCUCAGGAGGUUACUGCACUCCUGCUGUGCCUUACAUAAUGGAAUCAUUGAGACGGCAGGUUUGCGGAGACGACUACCAGCAUAUCGAGUUUGGUGUGGAUGAGGUAAUGAAUGCGGAGUCUGUGGCAGUGAAAGACUCACUGUACAAAGUCUCCAGCACUCUUAAUCCUCAGGCCCCUGAGUUCAUCUUAGGCUGCCAACCAUCUCAGAAAGCCCUUUCAACAGCCACGGCAGUCGCUGAUAUCCCAGAUGGCGCAGACUUCGACUCCCUAUGUUGCAGCAACUCCGAGACCUCAGUCCUGGGCAGCCACCAGGCCUGCUCGGACAUGGAUGGGGUUUCGGGCGGCUUAGGACAACGGAAGAAAAAGAAAAAGCGACCGCCGGGAUACUACAAUUACCUGGAGGGUUCCAACAGCACCGGUGUGGCCACAGAUGAAGUGGAGGCCUCAGGCCUGGUUAACGGACAUACUCCAAAUGCUCCACUCCUGGGUUCAGAGGACAUGGUAGGGGAAGUGCUAGCUGAGGCUGAGCUCAUCCCCCCAAAUUCUGUAACCUCCAGCACGUCCAAACCCCAAGCCGACCCUUUUUCCCAUCAGAGGACUUGUGAAAGCCCUGACAAUUUGACAUUGGACUUGACGAGCGGAGCUGCCUCUUUGUCAGACAGAAAUGGUGCAGCUUCUUUGUCUACUUCAUCUUCGUCCUCUCAGAGCAGCGGGGUGGCACAGAGUGCCAGGACUGCAGAGCAACAUGCAGAACCCCCUGCCUUAGAGAGUCCAGUACUCCUGGGUAACGGAGGGCACAGCUCCUCUCCACCAUCUCCUCUUCCCCCUGAUGCUGCUGUGGCCACCCUCACAACCACAAUUUCUGCUACUACUGAUGAGAGGGAGGCCGAGGGCUCGGGGGAGGCUAACGGGCUGCCAGAGACUGCCUCGGUUGCUGGAGCCGCAGACGGACUCCAAGACCCGGCUGAAACGGGCGAGGAGCAGUCAGCUUCCUCUGUGACCCCUCUCUCCUUAGACUCUGAAGUUCAGCUGGUAGUCUCGCCCGUUUCCACUGCAGUACCUGUGGCCAACCCCCCGAAAUCCUGGGCCAGCCUCUUCCACAACUCCAAGCCUCUGCCUGGAGGUCCUCAGGCUUAUGUUGAGGUGAAGAGUACACCUGCUGUCGUCGCUUUCACUCCGGCUGCCUCAGAGUUGCCUGAAAAGGCCAAUGAGGUGCACGAUGGCCCUAUCCCUGUGUCUGAAGACCCUAUGGCCCCAAAAUUGGCAGAAUUAAUCGAGAAUGUGAAGUUGAUACACAAACCAGUGUCUUUGCAACCAAGAGGACUGAUUAACAAGGGAAACUGGUGCUAUAUCAAUGCUACCCUGCAGGCCCUGAUUGCAUGUCCCCCCAUGUAUCAUCUGAUGAAGUCUCUUCCCCUUUUCACUGAGACUCAGAGACCCUGCACAUCCACACCUAUGAUGGAUAACUUUGUUCGGCUUGUGAAUGAGUUCAGCAAUAUGCCUGUCCCUUCCAAGGCUAAACACAAAGCUGCUGGAGAGAAGAUAAUGAAAGACCUUAGAGUGGGUGCUCCUUUUGAACCCACAUAUAUCUAUAAACUCACCCUCAUCAAAUCAAGCCUUUCUGAGAAGGGGCGCCAGGAGGAUGCGGAGGAGUACCUUGGUUUCAUUUUAAAUGGACUGCAUGAGGAAAUGCUGGCACUGAAGAAGCUUAUCUCUCCACAGGAAGAGAAAGCCCCCACACCAAAUGGGCCCGAGUCUCAGCCUGGAGCGGAGGAAGACCCUGCUGAGAAGGAGGAAGGCAGUGAUGAUGAAUGGGAACAGGUCGGGCCCAGAAACAAAACCUCCAUCACCCGGCAGGCAGAUUUUAUCCGCACUCCCAUCACCGACAUAUUUGGUGGCCACAUCAGAUCUGUGGUAUACCAGCAGAGCUCAAAAGAGUCAGCCACCUUGCAGCCCUUCUUCACGCUGCAGCUGGACAUCCAAUCGGAGAAGAUCCGCACAGUCCAAGAGGCCCUGGAGGUACUGGUGGCGCGGGAGUCCGUUCAGGGCUACACCACUAAGAGCAAGCAGGAGAUUGAAAUCAGCCGGAGAGUGACUCUUGAAGAGCUUCCUCCAGUGCUGGUGCUUCACCUCAAGAGAUUUGUUUUUGAGAAGACUGGUGGAUGUCAAAAACUGGUCAAGAAUAUUGAUUACCCUGUCGACCUGGAGAUCAGUAAAGAUCUCUUGUCACCGGGGGUGCGGGGCAAAACUCUGAAAGGCCAAAGAACCUACAGGCUCUUUGCAGUUGUCUAUCACCAUGGGAACAGUGCCACGGGUGGCCACUACACUACAGAUGUCUUCCACAUCGGUCUGAACGGCUGGCUGCGCAUUGAUGACCAGGCGGUGAAGAUCAUCAAUCAGCAUCAGGUGGUGAAGCAGACUGCAGAGCGCACUGCCUACCUGCUGUACUACCGUCGUGUGGACCUGCUGUAGAAACCAUACUCGUACACACAAACACGCACACACAGAUGAACAUUCAAACACACGUUUACAUGCAGACACUCUCUCUUACACUCACAUACACACGCACACACACACAACCACGUGUCUAUACAGGAACACUGCCCAACUUCACGAUUGUCCUUUUUCCCUCAACCCUGCUAUUCCAGAGAGCCAGCUUUUCCAAUUUGUUUUUUUUUUUUUGAAGACUUUUCUGUAGUAGUGUUUUCCCCCUCUGCACACGGCCUUGCGCGGGUCUGGAGAAGCUGUGGGGAGAUAUGUUAGCACUGCAGAACGCUCCAUUUCGGAGAAACAGACCUGAAUCACUGCAAACAUCCACAGCCUCAUGUUGAAUGGCCAGAGAGGAUCCCGGCCGAAAGAACUCAAACCAGUUGAGGCUGAUGGACUGCUGGAGAAAAUCAUUUUUUUUUUUUUUUUUUUUUUUUUUUCUUUUUUUUUUUUUAAUUUACUUUUUUAAAUGGCAUAGGAAAAAAUAUGUAGUGUUUUGCCUUUUAGCAAGAGAUGUCGGCCUAAUUUGCAGCAGUUAAGUGGAGCCCGUUAAAUUCUUGACUAGAGCAUCAAAGUGGCCCAACACCAGCAAGCUACCAAAAUUUGUAUAGAUCUCAAUGUAGGAGUUUGUCGACUCCACAAGCAAGACACUUCAACUCCACCAAAACCACCACAACCUCUUCUCUGCCCCAUUUCUCUCACAAUCCUGAUGCUUUAGAUUACACUUGAGUCAUGGGAAGAACAAAGAGCGGGUGGGAGAAAGGGUGCUGCAGUGUG